AUUUGCCGUACACAACUCUUUCGCAACGGGAACCGCGCAUGCGCAUUUACGUCGUAUGGUUGAGCCGGGGAAGAUUUGAAAAGCAAUAAAUGGAUAGUGAGGAGGCUACAGCCCAGCGGCCAGUCACUUUGGACAUCACGGUAGAAGAUGUCACUGAGGAGACUCCGCCCCCAGACCCUCCAGAGUCAACCAGCAGUCAGACUCCUGCCAGAGAGAAUAAUAUCCUGCAGCAGGGAGAGAGCAUCGACCUUGGGGGAGACUUUGCAACACCCCAGGGAGACAGCAUUGCUACACCAUCAGAAAGCCUAAUGGACAAGCUCAAUGAGCAAAUGAUGGAGAGUGUCAUUAUCUCUGAUUCACCUAAUAACAGUGAGGAAGAUGAUGUUGCUCCGAUUGAUUCAUUCCUCGAUGGUGGCGUUGAUGAGGGCGAUGAAAAAUACACAUCAUGUGACACUGAGGAACAAACCGACUGCAUACAGAUUGUAACUGAGACUGAAGUUUCAGAUGUGCAGGAGGAAGAAUAUUCGGAGGAGACAAAGGAUAGGACAAACACACAAGAGCAUGCCCGUCCAUCUCACACUGAAACAAAGAGUCCAUCUAGUCUUAGAAGUGAAGAACCAGAAAAAGGGAGGCAUCUCAAAGAUGAGCCUGUGCCAGUGUGCACGAUAUUCAGCCAGAAUAAGCAGCCGAAUUCACUGUUACCUGACGGCUUCCAGCCCACCCUCAUCAAGUCGCCCAGUUUUACCAUGGGGAGUGGCGGGGCGAGCGAUGACGCCGUAACCCCUAGCAAGUUGACGAUUCCACUCGUAUGCCAGCCCAGCCCAAGCCUCAGCAAAUUCUUCACUGACAACGGACAGGCCAAUCCGGCUUCCGACUUUUUUGAUUCCUUCAUGGCCCCCUCCUCCUUCAUCUCAGUGUCCAACCCCAAUGCGGAGAUCCCGCCAGACCCAAGCGCAUCACCGAAAGUCACCAACCAGCGCUCUUCGACUUCUUCCUGCGCCAGCCCUGUCACUCCCGCUCCUCGUUCAGGACAUACGUCAGCGCCUCCUGAGUUCGCAGUCAAGUCUCAGCUCGGUCCAUCUGCAAGUCACCCCCCAGCCUCAGCUCCAGUGGCUCAGCCUUUCAACCAGCUCCAGGCCGUGUUCUCCGGAAGUGACGACGCAUUUGCAACGGCGCUAAUCCUGAGCGAGGUGGACAGACGCCAUGACGCAUGGCUGCCAUCUGAGGAGACGAGGAAGUCCUUGGUCUCCAUGGCCACGCAGCAGUAUGGCUCGGAGACAAACAGACUCACCAUGCCGGGUCUCAAGUUUGACAACCUUCAGGGCGAUGCCGUCAAAGAUUUAAUGCUUCGAUUCUUGGGGGAGCAGGCGGCCAUGAAGCGACAAGUUCUCACCGCCACCUCUGUGGAGCAGUCCUUCUCGGGUCUCAAACAGCUUAUUAGCAGUAAGAACUGGCGCGCAGCAGUCGAUCUGACAGGUCGUCUUUUGACCGCUCACGGCCAAGGAUACGGAAAAGCCGGACAGCCCACUUCCCACACGGCUAACUCGCUACAGCUUUGGUUUGUACGUUUGGCCCUCCUCGUUAAGCUGAACCUUUUCCAAAAUGCUGAGCUGGAAUUUGAGCCUUUUGGUGAUCUGGAUCAACCGGACCUCUUUUAUGAGUUCUACCCCACUGUAUAUCCUGGGAGAAGAGGCUCCAUGGUGCCGUUCUCCAUGCGCUUGCUGCACGCCGAGCUUCCCCAGCACCUGGCGAAGCCUCAGGAGGCUCUGGAUCGCCUGCACAUUCUCAAAAGUGUCUGCCUCACCAUCCUGGACAACUUGGAGAAAGGCUUGGGUGAAGAUGGCGGCGCGAUCAGCCUAACGGAGGAGAAUAGGCAAGAAUCGGUAAAGCUGUGGAAAGCUCGUCUCAGUCGAGUCCUCUAUUCCAUGGCCAACUGUCUGCUGGUGAUGAAGGACUAUGUUCUGGCGGUGGAGAUCUAUCACGCCAUCAUCCAGUAUGAACCCCAGCAGAGAGCGCAGCUGCUCAGUGGAAUAGGACGCAUCUUCUUGCAGAUUGGAGAUAUUCAAACAGCUGAGAUGUAUUUUUGCGAUGUGGAGAAAACAUGCCAGAGGAUAGACAGUGAGCCCGGCCUCACAACAUGCGUGCUGAUGAACAGGGCAUUUGUCCACCUCAGUCAGAACAACUAUGCUGAAGCACAUUCGUCCUUCAUGGACGUUUUAAAGACGGAUCCCAAAAACCCUGUUGCCAACAACAACGCAGCAGUUUGCCUGCUCUACCUGGGCCGGCUCAAGGAGUCCCUGGGCAAACUGGAAGGCCUGGUGCAGCAGGAUCCAGCCCUCUACCUCCACGAGAGCGUCCUCUUCAACCUGACCACUAUGUACGAACUGGAAUCUUCACGCAGCACCCAGAAGAAGCAAGCGCUGUUGGAGGCCGUGUCCUGUCGGGAAGGGGACAGCUUCAACACUCAGUGCCUCAAACUAGUUUGAGAGCAAAAGCCGACAAGUACCGUCAUCCCGGGUUAUAGAGAAUGCUCCUGAUUAUUUUAGAUGAUGAAUUAGCUUUCUUGUCAUUUUUCAAAAGUUCGAUAGGGGGCUUGUAUGGAUGGCUUGUAUGUUUUACAGGUCAGACAGAGUGACAGCGCCAUGCAAGUCCACAACCUUGAUGCUAAGACACCUGCCUCUCAUUUGGUAAACAUUCAAUUGAUAUUACCUUCUAUCUAAUACGCAUUGUGAGACUUGACAAGGGCAUUAAGCUGAGACUCGCAAUGCUUGAAAAGUCGAGCAAGCUUGCACUGUACGAUUCCUUUUGAAACUUCUCCCUGAAAGAAUACUGUACUGGUUGAACUGUGUCUUAUGAUACUUGAAUGAAGCUUUUUAAAGGAGUUUAUUAACUCAGACAUCAACCACUGCAAUUGCAUUAUUUCCCCUGAAAGCAACAAAGGGCCCCACUGUGUGCGUGUCCAUUUGUGCACUCGUACAUAUAGUGGAUAUUGAAAGUCUCAAAGCCCGAUUUGGGUUUUUGUGAUGACUCAACAUGAAUAAAAAUGACAUCAGAAUAGAUCAUUAAAAAUGAUUUAAUAAAAGUAUCAAGAAAUAACAAUGUUACCUAGGAAAUUUUGAAAUGAUUUGCCUUUUUUUUUUUUAUAUAACAAAAAAAAUAAGGGCAUUUGAACAGAGGGGUGUGUAGACUUUAUAUGUGUGUAUAUAAAUGCGUAAAUGGAUGUCAAGGUGGAAAAUGGUUGUCAUUCAUUGAAUUAAAUGAUUUACAAUUACAAUCUUAAAA